AUGAUAGCCGUUCAUCAGGAUCUGAGGAGAUCUGCAGUUUACACAAACUUGUGUGAGUCGUUCCUGAAGGAUAGAAAUGAUAGCCGUUCAUCAGGAUCUGAGGAGAUCUGCAGUUUACACAGUGAGAAACUCAAACUCUUCUGUCUGGAGGACAAACAGCCGGUGUGUGUAGAGUGCUUUAUUUCACAGAAACACGUCAAUCACACAGUCAGGCCCAUCAGUGAAGUUGUUCCAUCAUAUAAGGAGGAGCUCAAUACAGCACUGAAAUCAUUACAAGAGAAACUUCAACAUAAUGAAACAACGAAAGGAGAGUUUGAGAAAACAGUUCAACACAUCACGUCUCAAGCUGAGCACACCGAAAAGUGA